GUGAACUCGAUUCGUCCCUCGGCCGUCGGGUGCAAGUUGGCCAAUAUCUAUGACAUAAAUUCCAAGGUUUAUCUGCUGAAGCUUCAGCGGAAAGGCUUUAGAUGCUUGCUUCUCCUGGAAAGCGGCGUGCGUUUUCACCUGACGGAGUACCAGCGAGACAAGUCGUCGAUCCCAUCUAACUACACCAUGAAGUUGCGCAAGCAUCUGCGCAACAAGCGGCUGACGAACGUCAGUCAACUCGGAGCGGAUCGUGCUGUCGAUUUCCAGUUCGGCCGCGGUGAGACAUCUUUUCAUUUGAUCUUGGAGAUCUACGUGACCGGUAAUUUGAUUCUCACCGACAGCGAAUACCAAAUCCUGGCUUUGCUCAGAGUGCACUCGGACCAAGAGACCAAGGUGGCCAUGCGCCAGACGUAUCCCGUAGACAAGGCCAUGGGGCUCUUAAAGGUGCCCCUUGCAGAUUUUUCGGAUGAGAUCGAGGACAUCUUGGAUCUGGCCUCUGCUCGUGCUGAGAAUCAGGAGGUCAGGGAACUAGAGAUGGACGACGAGAAGGCGGCCAAAGACAAGAAGAAAGGCGUCGAAUCUGCUUUUGCCAAGAAGUCCAAAAAACGAGUGCAGCACAGCGCAAUGCCUGUGGUGAUGCUGCUGCAUAAGCUUGCGCCUUUUGCGGAUCCUGCGCUGUGCGCCAGCUGCGUGGCCAAAGUGUCUGCAGCGAAUGGCAAAACCGUGCAGAAUGCGUUCAAGAUAACGGUGGAUGACAUGUCCUUUGAGGAGCUGGUGGAGCUGGAGCAGUCCUCUGCCGAGAUGCUCCUGGACACGCUGCGCAGCGUGUCGCGGCCGGACGAUUUAGGGGGUGGCAACAUGCCCGUGCUGGCGGUGGCAGAAGCCGCUGAUGAUGAUGUGAAUGAUGCCGAAGACGACGAGGACGAAGCAGAUGUUCCACCAGAGCCUCAAGACGAGGCACAGGCACAGCCUGGGCCUGAGACAGGCAUCAAGCGCGGUGCGCCGCCAGAGGCUGAUGCACCGGUGGUUCCUGGCUGGAUCCUACGAAAGAAGGUGCACACCCCACCUGCAGAAGCUACCUGGGCUAACGAAGAAUUCAGUCCGUUGGAGCCGCCGCAGCCAGAAGAAGCCGACGCUGUCCUUUCGUUUCCAAGCUUCCAUAGAUGUGUUGACGAGUUCUUCACUCAGCUUGAGGAGAACAAGGCAGUCGAGCAAAAGGCACAGCAUGCCCAAAGUGUGAUGGCACGUGUCGACCGGAUCCGUGCGGAUCAGGGACGUCGGCUUCAAGAGCUAGAGGCCGAGCAGGAGGCGUCGGAGCGCAAGGCGAGCCUCAUCGAACGCAACGUCGAACUCGUCGACCGAGCUCUCCAAAUGAUCAAUGCCAUGCUGGCAUCCCAGGUGGACUGGGGUGAACUUUGGCGCGAAGUCAAACGCCAGCAGCGCUUGGGACAUCCCAUCGCCGAGCAUAUUCACUCCAUGAAUCUGGAACAGAACGAGUUCAAGAUCCUAUUGGCGGACAUCGACGAAGAGCAAGGCGAAGACGAAGGUACUGAUGACAAGCCGAUGGAAGUGGUGGCACUAAACCUGAACUUGUCUGCCCAUGCCAACGUUGCACGCCUACACAGCAAGAGGAAAGAAACCAGGGACAAGACUUCGCGCACGCAGACGCAUGCCGAAGCCGCCAUAAAGACUGCCGAGAGAAAGGCGCACCAGGAUCUGCAGAAGUUCGACUUGAAGCAAACAAUUCGCCGUGUGCGUCAGACUUGGUGGUUCGAGAAGUAUAUUUGGUUUGUGUCCUCGGAGAACUACCUCGUCGUGGCUGGCCAUGAUGCGGUGCAGACAGAGCAGCUCUUUUUGAAGCACCUUGGCGAAAACGACGCCUUCAUCCAGGCAGAUGUUGCAGGAGCUCGGACCUGCUUCGUGCGGAACCCGGAAGGUGGGGAAGUCCCUCCUGCCACUCUCCGCGAAGCCGGUACGCUCGCGCUUUGCCACAGCACUGCUUGGGAUAAGCAGAUUGUCAUCUCCGCAUGGUGGGUGCCCAUCACGCAGGUCACGCGAGGCAAAGCUCCAGAUGAGGACCACCACUGUGUGGAUGACUUCUAUGUCACCGGCCGUCGUCAGUUUAUGCCACCGCUACACUUGGAGAUGGGCAUGACGCUCCUAUUUCAGGUCUCAGAGGCCUGUGCCCAGCGGCACAAGGGCGAGCGGAAGAGCCGGUAUCUAGAGGCAAUGGCCAACAAGCCAAAAGCCGCAGAAGAGGAGAUGCAAGAGGUGGAAGCUGACAGCGACCAUGAGCUGGCUGCAAGUGAAGAAGAGGAAGAAGCAGAGCAGGCUGGCAUGGACGAUAACCAAGAAAACCAUCAGGACAACGAAGACGAUAAAGAGAAGACGGAAGAUGAAGAGGACAGCAGGGAAGUUGCGGCGAGCCGCAGCCAACCGGACGACACCGAAAAGAGCCGGGGCAAGAUGAGAAUUUCGCGAGCUGAGCGCAGGCGUCAGAGAAAGGAUAGCGCCGAGGAGGAUCAGGUUGAGCAGGUUGAGCCGGAAGCAAGCAAAAAAUCUGCGGAUCCCAAAUCGAAAGGGCCAAGCACGGAGCCGCUUCCUCGUGGGCAGAAAUCGAAAGCCAAGAAGAUGAAGGAGAAAUAUGCUGAUCAGGACGAGGAUGAGCGCGAGCUGCGGCUAGCCCUUCUCGGCAGCCGGAAGAUCAAGAGAGCCGGAGGCGACCCGGCCAAAGAGAGUAGCAUCCUCGCCUCAGGGGGCACCGGCGGCACGGAAGCAGGCGGCGAAGCUGUGCAGGCCAGCACGGGGACGACUGGUGAGCAGAAUGCAGCGCAGCCAAAGAAGGAGGCAAACGAAAGGAAACCGCCGCGUCGACCGCCCAAUCGUGAUGAGGUGUUGAAGGUGGGCUGCGACGCAGAGCGGGCGGAUUCGCCUGCGCAGCUCGAUCUUCUCACUGGGCAGCCCCAGCCGGAGGACGAGGUGUUGUAUGCCAUGCCCAUGGUUGCCCCCUACUGUGCUCUCGGAGGGCCCUACAACCUCCGGGUAAAGCUCACGACUAUGCCGCUUGGCAGAGCAUGCUUGCGUGGCUUUCACUUUAGUUAUUUCCACAUCUACUUGAUCUUUAUGGUUGUGGGAGCAGGCUGUGGCUGGCUUCUCAUCAAUGCUCUUUUCAAUGCGAUGGCGAAUAAACCAGUGCUCACCAAGGAAGGCAAAACGUUCGGCCAAUUCAGCAUCAACCAGGGUGUUGUUGGCUUGGUCACAGGUCUGCUGUACUUCAUCUGGAACUUUCUAUAUCCCGAGUGUCUCUCCUUGCGCGCCCAGCAGAUCACUAUCACGCUUCUGCUGGCCUUGAACGCAACUUUCUGCAUGCUCCUUGCAAUGUUCUGGCAAUCCGACGCUCCAGAGUACACUUUCUUCAUGUUCUCAGACAUUGUGGCCCAGCUGGUGGGCAAUGCCACCAUUUUUUUGCUGUUUCCGUUGAUUGCAACUUACUACGCUGGCUGGCUCGUCGCACCAGUCCGAGCAGGCACGGAUCUUUCCAGCUUGUUUGCCACGAUGAUCGCGCAAGCCCAAAACCCACAUCCGGGGUCAGGCAAGCUGAGAUUUUCCGUCUCAACGCUCUUUGGUGUUUACUCCACGGUCUCAGUUCUCGGUCUACUGGCUUGGGCCUGCAUUCUUUACUUUGGCACGGGCUUGCGAUAUACGAUGGAUCAGAAGGAUGGCUCGGUUGAGCUCUCAGACAGUGAAAGUGAAGACUCCUCGGAGGAGAUGGGUUCCACCCAUGAGUCUGAGGGCGACGGAGAUGUCAGAGUAUGCUCCGUAGCGGACAAGCGGCGCGCGUUCGAUGGCCUCUACGUUCCACGCAAGCUGCUCCUUCCGAUUCUCUUUGCGACGUUGUCGCAGAUCUCGCAGUGGGGCCUGGCCCUGUCGCUUGGGCAGACGGGCGCGAUGAGCGUGGAUCCCCUGGCCUGCGAUGGGAAGGUGGGGAAAGAGACGUACCGAUGGGCCUUGACAGCGUCUCAGGUCAUGGUGCCCUUGGGUUCCGUCAUGUCCUCGGUGAUGCCCAGCCCCCGACCCGUCUUCUAUGUCCUCGCCGUUGCGCAGCUGAUGGCGGGGACACCCUCUGGCCAGUCACUCUAUGUUGGGUGCUUUGCCCUUACGGCGGGCUUGGAAGGAUACUUGCUAACCAUGGCUUUCCGCUACAUCGGCGAUGCGGUGGAUAUUCCCGGCAAGAGGCCCGGGAACCAGAAGAAAGGCCAAGCCGUGCGGCACUGUCUGAAGAUUUUUGCAGAACAGACGGAAAGACGAGCCUGGAAGUUGUUGGUCCAGGCGAUCCCCGAGAACGAAGCCACACAGCUCAUGUGUGGAAGCUGCAAAAUGUCAAUGCCAGGGCUGCAAAAACUGCAGCAGCAACUCAGGAAAGAGAAGCGGAAAGAAAACAAGGAAGUGGACAAACAGCUUGGCCAAGCAAAGGCAAAGGUCAAGCAAAAGGCUCCAAAGAAGUAG